AUGUUGGAUUCAUUCUUGAUGCCCACUAAUAUAUUGGACGUUGGGUUUGUUCUUAGUACUAAUAAUAUAUUGGAUGUUGGAUUCAUUCUUGACGUUAGAUUCAUUCUUGGUACCCACCAAUAUAUUGGAUAUUGGAUUCAUUCUUGGUACCCACUAAUACAUUGGACGUUGGAUUCUUGUUGUUCACUAAUAUAUUGGAUAUUGAAUUUAUUCUUGGUAUCUACUAAUAUAUUGGAUGUUGAGUUUGUUCUUGGUGUUAAUAAUAUAUUGGACAUUGGAUUCAUUCUUGACUCAUUCUUGGUGCCCACUAAUAUAUUGGAUAUUGGAUUCUUGUUGCCCACUAAUACAUUAGAUGUUGGAUUCAUUCUUGAUUUAUUCUUGGUGCCUACUAAUAUAUUAGACGUUGGGUUUGUUCUUGGUGCUAAUAAUAGAUUGACAUUAGAUUCAUUCUUGAUGUCUACUAAUAUAUUGAAUAUUGGAUUUGCUCUUGGUGCCCACUAA